GGUAUUUGUAAACUGCAUGUGCUUUUCUCAAAGCAAGAUCAAUGCAGAAGCCAUUGAAGAUAUUUUUAAGAUAAAUUUCAGUGAGGCAGGCAGCAGCUGGAGACAUGAGGAAGGAAGAACUGCUGCCUAUUGGGCAGACUACCUCUUGGAUAUUGAAGCCUCUGAUAAAACUUCAACUUGUGAUCCUUCAUUAGAAGACAUUUUAAUGUUUGCAACUGGCCUUCGUGCUAUACCACCAUUAGGACUGCAGCCAAGACCAACAAUUUGCUUUCACCAUGAUGGGUCACUACUGCCAGUAGCCAACACUUGUGGCAACAUCUUAACUCUGCCAAUCCAUAAAACCUAUGAUAAUUUUAGAUUUUAUGUUAGUUUUGGAAUUUUAAAUUCACCAGGUUUUGGCCAGUAUUAACCUGAGUCACUUAUAGUAUAUACACAUUUCACAGUAAUCUACUGUAAUGUGCAGUCAGAGACAGAGCCUGAAAAGCUUUAACAAAGAGUUGGGAGCUUCCAUCAUCAGAGUGGGUAUGUAUGCUACAUACUUUUUGCCCAAAGAGAAUUAGAGGUGAGAAAUCACCCACAAAAAAGGCAAUAAAGAACCACCUGAGAUGAAACAAGCAAUCCUGUCUAAGAGAACUAGAAAAAAAGGGCAAGACAGCAAGUGCCAAGGAUUGUUCACUAUACCUCUGAAUUAAAAAUAGAAUCCCUGUCACGAUAAGCUCCCCUUCUCUGUUACAGCAUUUCAUGUAUCUGCCCUUGUACGAUAUCAGCCUUAAUUUUCUACAACUCCCUCAACUCAUGAUCCAGUCCUUUCAAUAUGUGAAAUGUAAAGACAGGCUGACAAGCUUUAAUUGAUUUUGGUUAGUUUUAAAAUGUUCAGAGUUCUGAAAAACAUGAAGUUCCUAUAUAUUUGGGAUAAAUACUGUAUUUGGGAUGCAGUGAAUUAGUUAUGGAUGUAGUUAACCUCAGUUUAACCAAGGCCAACAGUUUCACAUUCUGUGUUCUUUAAAUCACAAAACAAUGUUUCAGACAUUAGACAUCGUUAUAGAAAAUCUGCAUGUGUUAUGCUUCUAAAGUCAAAAGAUUUAUGUAAAAUAUUGAGAUAUCCUUUAUUGAUGAAAGUAAUGUAUAAUUCUGUAACUUUGGGAGACUACAGUAAGAAAUUAUUUGUUAAAUUAUUUACAAAAUGUUUACAUGAUUGUUGUAUGACCCUAGUUCUUCACAAUCCUCUUUUAUCAAACUGCAUUACAUUUCAUUUGUUUGAGCCAGAGUAAUGUACUAUACAAACCAUUCGAUACUUGACGGUUUAAAAAAUAAAUAAAUAAAGUUAUCUUUACAAAUCAGCUCUCUCUUUCAGCUUCAAGUAUACGUCAAAGGCUGAUUCCCAUGUAUGUGGUGUCUGAAGAUUAUUUUGCUGUUUUAUUAAUGUUAAGUAUUCCUGGAUGGCCAGAUCUCCACACAUUGAAGUUUCUUCACAGUAAGGUGAUAGAUCCUGAAGACAAUUCCGGUUCAGUACAUAUCCACAAUCACUUGCUUGAAACCUAAGAGCAAAAAAAAAAAAAAAAAGUUUACAGCUAAACGGCUGGUUUAGCUAAGGAUAUUAUAAAACAGUCAAUAUAUACUGUACUUGUAUUACAAACUAACAUAGCUAUCACUUGUUACAUCUAACAUUGUAUUACCGGUGUGGUAAACUGAAUAACUCAUUUGGAAUUCCUGAUGGACAGGAUGACAUUCUUGAAGGUCUCAUUCUGUGUUGGUUCCAGAGCAUCUUCGCCUCAUUCAAAUCUUUCUGAAGAACAGCAAGAAAUGCAAAGCGCAGCAAACAUUUAUGCUCAUGACUACCAUUAAAAUGGCCAUAUUCUUUAAGGUCUUCUAAAAGCUCCAACCAAAAUUGUGAUCUGUAAAAUUAAUGGAAAGAAUCAAAUAUAUGAAAUGAGAAUU